UUUUUAGUUUCACUUCGCCGACUACAAUACACAAAUACACACGCACGAAAUAACGAUGUCGGACUCUGAAGAAGUAACAACCCCCGCAGCAGAGGCACCAGCUGCUGCCCCUGCUGCAGCCAAAAAGAAGAAGCCUUCAAAACCUAAGGCGAAAAAGCCAGCAAGCCACCCAAAAUUUAGAGAAAUGGUCAUUGAAGCCAUUGGAGCUUUAAAGGAAAGAAGUGGCUCUUCUAGACAAGCUAUUUUAAAAUACAUCGAAGAGCACUACAAUGUCGACAAAACGUCGGGAAACAACCAUUUGAAAAUGACAUUAAGAGCCUGUGUAAAAAAUGGUACUCUAAAGCAGAGCAAAGGCAGUGGGGCUUCAGGAUCAUUUAAACUUGGAGACAAAGGCAAAGAUAAGCCAGCAAAGAAAGCCAAGAAAUCUACUACAGCAGCAGCAACGAAAAAGCCCAAAACUGACAAGAAGAAAGUUUCAAAGCCAAAAAAGACUAAAGCAAAGACAGAGAAGAAAGCUAAAGCAUCACCAAAGAAGAAAGCAGCCAAACCAAAGAAAUCUCCCAAGAAGGCUGCCGCAAAACCAAAGCCAAAAAAAGGAAAGUCAGCUAAAAAGUGAAGCGUCAUAAAAAAUUCUGUGAAGAUGUGUAUCAAGAAAACUUGUAGACUGAAUUCAGACAUUUUGGUACUCAAAUAUUUACACCAGAUACAAGCUUAGAAAGUGCUUGGAAUUCUUAUCAUUGACUGAUAUGGGAGAACAAUGUUCCCGGAUAGCUGAAUUACUGUGAAUUAAAACAUCCAACUGUUGUAGUACAAAGACACUGUAUUCAAAACCAGCAUCUUAUAUUUAAGGAUUUUAGAUAUGGACAGUUGUGAUGAAUUUAAGGAAAAGAUUUCUGAAUACUCUGGAAAUCCUUCCUGUUCCGGUAAUAGUAUAAAUAUAUCAAAUUAGCGAGAUAUGUGAAGCAUGUUUGAAUGGUAGGAAUUGAUUGGUAAAUCUGGAGUGCAUUUAGGCAAGUUUCUGUCCUGAAAGCAGUCUCCAGGUUGGUCAUUGCUUUGUGUAGUUGUGCUAUUUGCUUACUGGUAUAUUUUGAGCAUGAAUUGUUUCUAUAAAAUGACAAAUGCCUCAAAUAUGUAUGUACAUAUAUCAUGUUUCAUACCAUGUCAUUCUAUCAUAAAAUACCAUGUUGGUGCAAGUGCUAGUGAAAGUCAUUUAAAUCAUUGCAUUGAUGGUACAAUAUCAUAAUCAGUAUUCCAUUUUUUUAUUUUCAUUUUUAUGUAAGUUUUCACUUGUUUACAAAUUUUUUGUUUGUUAUUAAUUAUCAAUUUGAAUGUCUCAUUAAAUUAUUUAAAUACA